CUUCGCAAUAAUCUUGAAACGAGUAAAGGUAACAAGGCGCUGGAUGUCGGAUCAGGCUCCGGAUAUCUGACUGCCUGCUUUGGCAAAAUGGUCGGACCCACUGGUAAGGCGGUUGGAAUAGAGCAUAUUCCAGAGCUGGUCAAAUGGUCCAUUGACAACGUUAAACGGGGAAAUCCAGAACUGCUCGACAAUGGAGUCGUAAAGCUUGUCGAAGCGCCGUACGAUGCCAUCCAUGUUGGGGCCGCUGCUCCAACCAUACCCAAAGCUCUGACUGAUCAACUGAAACCGGGUGGUCGGUUGGUGAUUCCAGUAGGUCCGGAAGGCGGUGGUCAAGACUUUAUUCAGGUGGAUAAGCUUUCUGACGGAAGUCUAAAAAAGACGAAUCUAAUGGGUGUAAUAUAUGUUCCUCUGACCGACAAAGAGCAUCAGUGGCCCUCUUUAACCAACAGGUUUUUUACGUUGUUCUAG